AUGCCCAUGUAUUACGAGACCCAGGCGUCGCUGGUGCGAGAGCUGUGGAUGGUGGUGCAGUACUUCUUAGCUGCGUCGCUCUCCUUGCCGCCCAACACGCAUCACCACUCGGUUCGCCUGCUGACCUUGGUCUCUGCCCUCGCGCUGCUGGACGCCAUCGUGCGCCGGAACCCUCCACAUUCCCAGCAUGACCUGAGCCGCGUCUACAGCGGCGCGCUGCGCCCGGAACAGAAGGUCGGCGCCUUCGCGGUGGCGGCGCCGCCGCUGGCAGAGAGCAGCGAGGACCCGGUGACGUUUUUUGAUCGGUUUAUGGUUUAA